AUGUCGACCGAAUCGCAGGCUAUCGACUACACUCUCAACAACCCGGAUACCAUCACCAAGUACAAGACGGCCGCCCAGAUUUCCGAGAAGGUCCUUGCCGAUGUAUCCAAGCUCUGCGUUGCCGGCGCCAAGGUUGUCGAGAUCUGCGAGAAGGGCGACAAGCUCAUUGAGGAGGAAGUUGCCAAGGUCUUCCGUGGCAAAAACAUCACCAAGGGUUUCUCGCACCCUACCACGGUUUCUCCCGCCGCUUUUGUCACUCCCUACACCCCGCUGAAGUCGGACGAGAAGGAAGCUGCUGUUGAGCUCCAGGCUGGCGAGCCUGUCAAGAUCCAGCUUGGCGCUCAGAUCGAUGGCUUCGGUUCCAUUGUGUGCGACACAGUGAUCGCAAAGGAGGCCGGCAAGGAGGACGACAUCGUUGAGGGCCGGUCCGCCGAUCUACUCUUGGCCACGUACUAUGCCAACGAGCUCCUGCUACGCCUGAUGGUGCCCCCCGGCCUUCUGGCUCAGGGCACCGACGAAGAGAAGGCCAAGGCCGCCGCCGCCAAGCCGCCGACGCAGUCCAAGAUCACCAGCCUCCUAGAGAAGGUUACGGAGGCCUACGACUGCCACCUUGUCGAGAGCACGACGUCGUGGCUCUUUGACCGCAACGAGAUCGAGGGUACCAAGAAGAUCGUCCUUGCGCCUGGCGAGAGCUCCAAGGGCGAGGGCGUCCCCGCGGUCGGUGAGGCCUGGGGUGUCGAGACUGGUGUCAGUCUUGGGUCUGGCAAGGUCAAGCAAUUCGAGCAGAGGACAACCCUCCACCGCCGUACGCUCAACACGUACGCACUGAAGCGCCCGACCUCGCGCAAGAUCCUGUCGGAGGUGAAGAAGAAGUUCGGCACCUUCCCGUUCAGCUUGCGCCAACUUGAGGACGAGCGCGACGCGAAGUCCGGCGUUAUCGAGUGCGUCCGCGGCAAUGUCUUCCGCCAGUAUGAGGUGACCGGCGACAAGGACAACUCGCCUGUCGCCAGGCUCCUGACCACCAUCGCCAUCACCAAGAACGGCAUCACCAAGCUCGGCGCGCCGCCUGCCUUGGACCUCAGCAAGGUCAAGUCGGACAAGAAGAUCCAGGACGAGGAGGUCCUCAAGAUCCUGGAGCAGCCGUUGUCCCGCAACACGGGCAAGAGCAAGAACAAGAAGAAGAAGAAGAAGACGGCCAAGAAGACGACCGGUGGGGAGGAGGAAGAGGAGAGUGAUGAGGAGUAA